AUGUCCGACUUAACAUUUGGAUUCAAGGCCCUAGGUGCUUUAGUCGCUCUCGUAAUAGCAGGCGGUAUACUCCGCAAUAAGAUACGAUCGAAGUCACGCUUGCCUCUUCCCCCUGGACCCCCUGGACAUUGGCUAUUCGGAACCGCUUUCCCAAGACAAAAUCAAUCUCAACAAUUCGCUGAAUGGAUUAAUACCUAUGGUUCGAUUAUUUCACUUCGAGUCGGGCCCAAGGUGAUGAUUAUCAUCGGCAGACACCAGGAAUCUGUCGACAUCAUGGAAAAGGAAGGUGGUCUUCUAGCGGACCGCCCCCGCGCAGUCGCAGCAGGAGAGAUUCUGUCUGGCGGCCUACGUAUGAUCCUCGCACCUGCAGGAGAGCAGUUCCGGAGACUUCGCAACUCCUUUGCUCAAGUUACAUCAUUCAGAGCCGCACACACUCAUCUUCAAGCAAAGGCCGCAGAAUCAUAUGCGCCCAUCCAGAUGCACGCCGCCCGUGAUGUCAUCCUUGACAUCCUUGAUAACCCUAAAGAACACCAAGCAGCUGCGAAUCGCUAUGCUGCUUCGGUCAUCUUGCGUGUCAUGUAUGGAAAGUCCACGCCCACCGCCAUAGAUGCUCCCGAGAUCAUCGUCAUCCACAAGAUGCUCAAGCGCUUCCAAAAUCUCAUGCGACCCGGUGCGUUAAUGGUAGAACGCUUCCCAAUAAUCAGAUACAUUCCGGGAUACACAAGAGAGUUGAAGGAAUGGAGAAGGGAAGAGAGUCAGCUCUUCCAUGAUCAACUCAAUCGUGUUUCGAAAGAAUUG